AAGAUGCAUCCGCGCCCACAGUCCGAGCAGAGCAGGUGUGAAUCGGUCCCUUUUGAAGAUGCAGGUCUCCUCUGUGCUCGCGUCCCCGCAGCUGCUGCUGCAGCUCUGCAUCAGCACCGUGCAUUACUUUUUGUCGAGCUUCUUUUCAAGGGUUCGUAACUGGACAGCAGGAGCCUCCGAGGGGACAACCUCCCCUGUCACACCCGCUGACAGCAAACUGGACCAAAGCAAAGCCCAACACGUGAUGACCCCGACAAGCGUCAACUAUCACUUCACGCGCCAGUGUAAUUACAAAUGUGGAUUUUGCUUCCACACUGCGAAAACGUCCUUCGUCCUGCCUUUAGAGGAAGCCAAGAGGGGACUCCAACUUCUGCAGGAAUCAGGCAUGGAAAAGAUCAACUUCUCUGGAGGAGAGCCUUUCUUGCACGAUAAAGGAGAGUUUCUGGGGAAGUUAGUUCAGUUCUGCAAGCAGGACCUCCAGCUCCCGAGUGUCAGCAUCGUCAGCAAUGGAAGCAUGAUCAGAGAAAAAUGGUUCCAGAAAUAUGGUGACUAUCUGGACAUCUUGGCCAUCUCUUGUGACAGUUUUGAUGAAGCGACCAACCAGCUGAUUGGCAGAGCUCAGGGAAGGAAGAGCCACCUUGACAACCUCUACAAGAUUCGCGACUGGUGCCAGCGGUACACGGUGGCGUUCAAAAUCAACUCAGUCAUCAACACCUUGAACGUGGACGAAGACAUGGCGGAGAACAUCACCCAGCUUGGCCCAGUCCGCUGGAAGGUAUUCCAGUGCCUGCUGAUUGAUGGGGAGAAUGCAGGAGAGAAGGCUCUGAGGGAGGCAGAGAGGUUCGUCAUUAGCGACGAGCAGUUUCAGGAGUUUCUGGACAGACACAGCAGCGUCUCCUGCCUUGUUCCAGAGUCCAAUGAGAAGAUGAGGAAUUCCUACUUGAUCCUGGAUGAAUACAUGCGUUUCCUGGACUGUCGAGAGGGACGGAAGGACCCGUCCAAGUCCAUCCUUGAUGUUGGUGUGAAGGAGGCCAUUCGCUUCAGUGGCUUCGAUGAGAAGAUGUUUCUGAAGAGAGGAGGGAAAUAUGUGUGGAGCAAAGCCGACAUGAAGCUGGAGUGGUGAAAAUCUGCAGCUCCUCUUUUUUUUUACGUUUGUUAAUCAGAAUGUUUUAAUAAUUUAUCUUUUCUUUGUCUCUGUUAUGUUGAUAACUGAUUGUGCUGCUUAUUGUUGUUUAAAAAAUUGUGAGUUUCAUUUUAUUUUAUUUUUGUCAGCAUGUAGCAACCCAAAUUAUCAUGAAAAUAUUUUAUUAUUUUUAUUUCCUAAAAUUUCAUCCCACUGUAGUAAUAACUAGCAUAUAGUAAUAAAAAACAGUAUUCAUACAGCAGCUUUCAAUACAAAGGUGCAAAGUGCUUUACAUGGUUGAACCAGAAUUAAAACAUUUGAGGCAAAUAAAAUAAGUUAAUACAGAUAAUACAAAAAUAUAAUAGAAAAAAAUGCCAAGCAAUAAUAUAAGAUAAAAGAAACAAUAAUAGUGGUUAUUACGCAGGUAUGUUGGAAAUUAAACAGUGUGCAAGCACUAAUAAAAAGCACAUGAUUUGAAAGAUGUCACUGAUUCUGCACCAGCAGAGCAGAAACUGGCUCAUGUGAUUCCCAGUAAAAGAAGCUGAGCAGAUGCCAUGCAUGACUCUGACAACUGAGAGGAAUCCCAACCACGUCCAACCGUCCUCACGCUGAGCAGCAGCCACUCUCAUGAGCUCAUCAAGCUGCUGCAUCCACUCUUCAUUCCAGCAGCCGUCAGGCUUUUCAACUCGUAGCACGGUUUCGUUCAUGCUGUUUUUUUUUUGUUUUUUUACUGUAAAAACAUCCUUCUACCUCUUACAAUAUUACAUUCCAGUUUUCCUUCAAUACAACAUGUAUACAUUUUUAUUUCCACUGUGGCACAUAUAUAUUUAUAUUUAUCUACUGAUCAAUAGAGCAAAUACUGUACUUUAUCCAUAUUUAGCUAUAACCAUGCACAAUUUUUGUUUCAAUAUUUCCAUUGGCAAUAUAUUUUCUAUAGUCUUUGUACAAAAUGUACGUAUACAUUGUCAACUUCCUUUUUCGUUUUUUUUUUUUUUUUUAACUUUCCACUGUCUUU